AUACAACACGUGUUUGACGGUCAGUGUAGUACGACUUGCUAACAUGAAUAUCGCGGGUUACCUUACACUGAUCGUCGUCGUCAUCGACAAAACCGCGGCAGUCUCUCUCCUCACAGACGACAAUGUACAGAACUCUACUAACCAAAAUCUCGUCGGAGUGAAUGGCCAAAACGUGGACGUGUUCAGACAACUACUGAAUCAAGAAACUAUCAUCAGAAUGACCUUGGUCAAAAAUGUCCACGCGUUGAUGAAAGACAUGUUGACUUUAAAGGAAAACCUCGCUGUGGCCGAACAAAAAAUUUCUGUACUGAAAACGGAGGUCCAAGAAUUAAAACUGGAAAACCACGUCUUGAAAAAUGAGAGUAAAGUACACAGUAGACGCCUCUCGGAAAUGGAAAGAAAUGUUACACAAGUUUCUGAAAAGCACGAGGUGUUCCAAAGAAAUAUCGAUAUCGAGCGGAAGGCAUUUGAACUGAAUGUUUCCGACAUACUGGCAGACAUUAAAAUCGAGGUACGGUAUUUGUCUAUAACCUUGCUGGAUCUAAACGCACACACUCGUCAAAUUGAAAGUGACAUUCCAGACAUCAUGGAUCAAAAGAUCCUAGCGAUGUUUGAGUCCGUAAACUCUUCAUUGGAAAACUUCAAUGCGACGAUAGCGGCUACGGACAACAAAUUUUCAGUUCAGCUUUCGGACCUCGAGAAUUCACAUUCUGGAGUUUUAUCAACUGUCACUGGUUACAUGAACAAAACAGUAGACAGUCUGAAGGUCGAGCUGAAGGACGCGCAGAUUGAACAACUGAAGUUAUCCUCCACUGUGACCUCUCUAGAGAUGUUCCGAAUGAAUCUGACCAACACUAAAUGUGAUCUUCAAAAGAAAGUGGCCUUCACCGCGGGGGUGACGUCUACCAGUAGUACCUGGAACAGCGGGACGUUAGUAUUUCCGGUUGUCAUUAACAACAUCGGGGGUGGAUACAAUCCCAGUACUGGUGUUUUCACGGCCCCUACAGAGGGACACUACGUCUUCUUCGUCACUGUCGUGGAAUAUAGUACACAAUACAGCAGGGUUGACAUUGUCCUGAAUGGGUCAUCUAAGGUCAGAACUAUAGGAGAUAAUAAUGCAGCUUACCAGACGGGAGUAAACAUGGUUGUCCUUCGGCUUCAGCAGGGAGACACGGUGUGGAUCGGACAUAACUCUGGCAAAGGUUAUUUCACCGAUAGUAUUCCCAUCACAACGUUCUCUGGCUUCCUCCUUUAACUUACACUUACCAAGGUCAGAGGUCAGAUUGAAUUUGUUUUAUUAUAACUCCAUACUUAGAUAGGAUAUAUGAUCGUGUCUAUAUCCACUACACACCCUCAUGAUACAUGUAUAGAAAUAAUCAUUCUCGUAAUUACAUGUCUUUGUAUAUAAUUUUAUCCUCGUAUUUAUAUGGAAUGGUCAUUCUCGUGUUUAUUUGUAAUAAUCAUUCUCGUGAUUUUAUGUAACAAUCAUGUUUGUGUUUAUAUGUAAUGAUCAUUCUCGUGUUUAUAUGUAAUAAGAAUUGUCAUGUUUAUAUGUAAUAAUAAUUAUAGUGUUCAUAUGUAAUAAUCAUUCUCGUGUUCAUAUUUAAUAAUCAUUCUCGUGUUUAUAUGUAAUAAUCAUUCUCGUGUUUAUAUGUAAUAAUCAUUCUAGUUUUUAUAUGUAAUAAUCAUUCUAGUGUUUAUAUGUGUUAAUCAUUCUAGUUUUUAUAUGUUAUAAUAAUUCUCGUGUUUAUAUGUAAUAAUCAUUCUAGUGUUUAUAUGUUAUAAUAAUUUUAGUGUUGAUAUGUAAUAAUCAGUCUCGUGUUUAUAUGUAAUAAUCAUGUUUGUGUUCAUAUGUAAUAAUCAUGUUUGUGUUCAUAUGUAAUAAUCAUCCUGUUGUUGAUAUAUAAUAAAGAUUCAUUUCACACCUUCA